UAUAUUAAUUUUUUGAACUUAAAAAUUUCUUUAAAUUAUCGCCUUCUGAUGAUCACUCAUCUUUCCUGAUUCUUCAAACGAAUGUAAGAACGAAAAUGAUUUGCUCUAAAAGCACCGGAAAAACCUCAACUAUAUUCCACUUCCAGGAAGGAGGACUGGCGGAAGUUAAACCGGAGGUUUAUUCUCAGCAAUUAUUGCAUUUGUCUAAGACUUCAUUUCAAUCAAAUGCGAUGUUUGACGGAUCAGGUGAUAGUCGUUACGAUGAAGAACAACGGAAUUACCGGACGGAACCAGAUGAAGAACCGGAAAAAGGAACCGUCGGACUUUUGGAAGUGUCCCGCACCUUGUAUGGUGGAGUUGAGGCUGCAGGUCACGGUAGCGCGAAUUUUGACCGAAGCAUAAUUGAUCGGAAUGAUGAAAACUCUAGAUCAGAUCCUAACGGUUGGACUAACAGUGUGUGUCAUAUAAAAACUGAUGGGGAUCGAACCACUGACCCUCGGGAUACUUGUAAUCAGGAUUCUUGUAACCAACAGAUUGAGGAAUCCAGGAUAAUUAUAAGAGAUUACAGACAAAUAGAUACUGAAGACAGGAUACCUGAACCUCAUACACUUUCAGACAUAAAAUACAGUUAUGCUGAGUCUAGGAAUAUCUACAGUUCAAUCCUCUCUAUGAGAGAUCCUUAUUUGGGAUAUUCUAGCCAAAUCUAUCAAUAUCCAAAUGAGCUUCUAGCUUCUCAAGGUGAAACUCACAGCAGUUUUCAGAGUGCAAAACUUCAAAGUUCACAAGCGGAAAUCUAUCGUCCUGUUGCUACACAACUUAGGCAUGAGAGUACAAUUGGAACAAGUUAUACUGAUGCCAAACCACAUACUUAUGAAAGUUCCUACAAAACAGCAUGGACGGCCCCACCAACUACUCAACCUCAAGAUCCAUAUCAAAUGUUUGGAGCGACUAGUUCACGACUAGCUAGUUCAGGAAGUGGACAAAUUCAGUUGUGGCAAUUCUUACUUGAAUUGUUAUCCGAUAGCAACAAUUCAUCUUGCAUAACGUGGGAAGGUACAAACGGUGAAUUCAAGCUCACAGAUCCAGAUGAAGUUGCCAGACGUUGGGGCCAACGGAAAAGCAAACCAAACAUGAAUUACGACAAGCUGAGUCGAGCGUUGAGGUAUUAUUAUGACAAAAACAUCAUGACCAAAGUACAUGGCAAAAGAUAUGCUUACAAAUUUGACUUCCAUGGUUUAACACAACAAGCUUCACAGCCAUCUCUCACAGACCCAACUUCCACCUACAAAUAUCAAAGUGACCUGUUUUAUCCCAGUUAUGGACAUGGACCCAAACUCAGCUUCAGCAUGAACCCACACCAUAGCGCCGUGCCACCAUCAGGUAACCUGUUCCAAUCUUCAUCUGCAUAUUGGAACACUCCAAGCAGCAGUCUUUAUACUUCUAUACCAACUAGUCACGCUCCUUUACCCCACCAUCAUCAUUCGAGUCAUGUUCCCAGUCAUUACCCACACUAUGGUUGAAAUAGUUGCUUAUGGAUGAAUUUUUGAACCGUGACAUCAAGCAUAAAAUCUUAAACCUACAUAAAAACUAAACUCAUAUAUGUCAAAAACUUAAGCUAGGGAUGAAUUUUGAAACUAUUAUUUAGUGACCUACUUUGAUCUGCCUAUUGGAAGCUUCAAAAUGGUAGUCUUUAUACCAACUAGUCACGCUCCAUUACCCCACCAUAAUCCUUCGAGUCAUGCUCCCAGUCAUUAUAAACAUUAUGGUUGAAAUAGUUGCUAAUAGAUGAAACUUUAAACCGUGACACCAAGCUUAAAAUCUUAAACCUAUAUAAAAACUAAACUCAGAUGUACCAAAAACUUAGGCCAUGGAUGAAUUUUGAAACUAUUAUCUAGUGAAAUACUUUGAUCUGCCUUUUGGAAACUCUGAAAUGUAGUCUUUAUGUAGUCUUUUAUACUUCUACCCCAACUAGUCACGCUCCUUUACCCCACCAUCAUCAUUCGAGUCAUGUUCCCAGUCAUUAUCCACACUAUGGUUGAAAUAGUUGCUUAUAGAUGAAACUUUAAACCGUGACACCAAGUAUAAAAUCUUAAACCUAUAUAAAAGCUAAACUAAGAUAAUGUCAAGAACUUUAGCCAAGGAUGAAUUUUGAAACUAUUAUUUAGUGACCUACUUUGAUCUGCCUAUUGGAAAUUCCAAAAUGGUAGUCGCUAUACUUCUAUGCUCACAAUUCAUACUCUUCCUCAUACAAGUCAAGUACUUAAUCAUUAUACACAUUAUGAUCAACAUCGUUGUUUAUGGGCAAGAUUCAACCCUAUAAAUAGAGAUAAAACUUAAAGUUAUCAUCUGGUGACAUACUUCAAUCCAUGAUUCCGCAUUAAAAAACUUAUGGCGGUAUUUAUAAUUGCUUAUAGAGUAGAGCGUCGAUUAUCCGAUUGCCGAUUUACCGGAUUGUCCAAUUAUCCGGAACGUUCGAAGACCAUGUGUUUUUUACAACUUUAAAAAAAAAAAGAAAUUUCGCAAAAAUGCUCCUUUAUUUUCGGAAUAUAUGAAAAAGGGUAAAGAAAAUGACUUUUUCUUCAUUUGGUAACCUUGAAAAAUAUCUCUCGUUUGCUCUUGAGUUUCAAUAUAGGUGACAAGAGGCUAGUAGUUUCUAGAAGGGGAGCUCAUUUCUUCUUUUUUCAAGAAUUAGAAAAAGGAGGUGAAACACCUUUCUCAAAUAACCUCUCUCAGUCUUAAAACACAUUUUGUCAGGCAAAUUUUGUAAAAAAUAAAAUGUUACUGUUCAAAGUUAAACAUUUUAAAAUCACCAUUCUUUGUAUGCUUACUGUAGGCUAUAUUAAAAUUUCCAGUCCUAAGCCUGCAAAAAUUGUGAAAAUAAGUUACUUAAUAACAUUCUUAUAACCAUUUUUUCAGAGUUGUUCAAUUAUCCGGAUUUUUUGUUUUCCGGAUCGGUUUUGGUCCUAAUCGGUUCGGAUAAUCGAAGCUCUAUACUAACUUAUUCUUAUGCUACUUUAUCACAUCAUUACUAGUUGAUCUAGUUAUUUUUAUGAAUAAAACUAAAUCGUGAGGAAUCGUGAUAAAGAUCACAUGAGUAAGUGGCAAAUAUUUAAACUUCUAGCUGGGUAUAUGUUGUAUAAAUCUAUUUAAAAACUUCAUAUAAAUAUUUUAUAUGCUCAUUCAACAACUAUAUGCUGCAGCAGCAAAUCAUCUUAGUUUAAAUCAUAAAUUUGAUCAUCACAUAACAGCAUUGUUUAACAUUGCAUUGCUCAUUUUUAAACAAUGAACUGUAUCAUUUUUAAGCCAUACUGGCAUGGAGACAUCUGGUUAUUCUAUUUCAUAUAAGUAAUCGAACGCAGAAGCCAUUUACUUUUUUUCAAAAUAUUUAUGCUACUUUACCAUAACAACAUUGUUCAAAUCAUGCAUUUAGUCAUUAAAUUACCACUUCUAGCUAAGAACUUUCUUAAAUAUAAUUUUGAUAGAUGGAACAGAAAACUUGAAAUUAGUAAUGGAGAAACAAAAUUGUAAGAAUAAGCUGAACUUCAUGGAGGUUUCAAUUUUUAUAGCCCCAUUGAAACACGUGAAAGAAAUUUUUUCUUUUUUCUUUUACAUGGUAUAUUAAAUCAUUCAUGCAUGACAAAAUCAUCCAAGUCUUGUAUCUAGUCAUUAACCUCACUAUAGCUUGUAUAAUAUUUAUGGGAAAAAGUGAUAAUUAAGGCUGGAGAGACUUAACAACAUGAGUAAGCUGAACUGUUAAAUGGAAAUGUAUUGUAUGAUAGUAUUGGUAUAUUCCAAGCUGAAGUUUUAAUGCUUUUAUUCUGCCUUUUGUCAAGCAACAACAACAAAUCAUCGUAAUUCGUUUCGUAUUAUUUAAUCAUCACCUAACACUAUUGUUAAUAUAACUUAAUGUAAAUUAAGUUGACAACUAAGCGUAAAGAACUCAAACCAAAAUGGUUUACCCGUCUCUUUGAAUGAUUUCAAACUUCAUAAUCAUAUUGAAACAUUAAAAACAAGUUGAUAACUAUUUUUUUAUGAUAUCAACAUGAUUCAAGUCGUGCAUCUAGUCAUUAUCUAUUUUCCUACCGUAUUGUAGGUGACAAACUUUAUGAGAGAACUUGAAAAUAAGGAAUACACUGUGAAAACUUACCAGAACUUGUUACGGAACAAAAUUUUGAUAUACCGCAAUUUUUACAGUAAUAAUUACCUCAAAAUCACUGAAUCACCAUAUUAAAUUAAUAUUACUGUAAAAAUUACGGUACAAUUAUCAAUUUUACUGUAAAAAUAGAUUUUAUGAAUGAUGCACUUUAGACCGUAAUUUGAUCCUGAAGGUUUUACAGUGCAGGCCUUAAAAACAUUAUCACUCAGAGAAAAAUAUCUUAAGUGGUCAAUUUUGAGAGAAUGCUUUUUCAUGAGUCAAAAAAUUAAUUGUGUUUUCUUUUUUUAACAAAACUAAACUUAAUUUAUUGCUUACUCGGUAGUUUUUACUCGUUGCAAAAAUAAUACUUCAAAGUAGAAAUUGGCUUAAAAUUAAACGUUUUUAAUCAAGAAUAUUGAGAUUUUUGUUAAUUUUUUGCCUCGAUAGCAUUUAAGUUUUGAAUUAUUAAACACAAACUUGUUGUACACAUUUUAUGUAAAAAAUAUUUUUCCAAAAAAAUAUAAACAUGAAUACCCAUGAAUUUUAAUAUGUAUUUGUUAAAAGAAAAAAACAUGAGUAAAAGAGCUUAAAUGUGUUAACUGGAAUUUUAUCUGAAUCACAUCGUCAAUACAUUGGAAAAACAGAGAAGUUAUGUUUACGUUAAGUUUUAUUUUAAACCUUUCUUUUUUUAAAAAAAUAUGAUAGUUCUCGAAAAUUUUUUGUUUCUUAUUUUAAACUUUUAUUUGUCGUAAAGAAGCUUUAAUCCGAAUUAUGAUAAUAAUUGUGCAAAUCAACAUGUUUUAUUGUUUUUAUUGUCAAUGACUUGACCACUUACGGCAAGUUAUAGAUGGAACUUGAUGCAAGAUAAUUGUUCACAACUGACUGUACAAAAACUGUAAAUAUUUAUUGUAAUUACAUAAUAAAUGUUUUUUUCUGAUUA